AUGAUUAAACCCCAUGCAAACUUUCAGUAUACUGAUCUUAGUCAACCCAACCCCUUUGUCAAGCUAUCCAAUAACAGCACGGGGAAUGCAUUAGAUAGUGUUGGAGGCGAAGAGCUCUUGAAUUCUAUGAACUUGAUCGAUGGGAAAAUCUUUGAAAGCAGUUGGAAAUCACUCGUAGGCACCGAAUUGAUAUUUGAUGACUACGGAGAAUUGAUUGGAAGAGUUAAGGAGCAUUUAGUUUGUAAUGAAAAUGUCAAGUUGGUGCCCAAGAGGGAAGAGAUUAAGAAGGAACCUAGGAAAAAGAAGCCUGAUGAAGAUGCGAAGAUGGAUGUAGAUGUCGACGCCGAUGCCGAUGUCACGACUGAGACACUGCAAGCAGAAGAAAAGCCCGCUGACAAUUCAAUCCCUACUGAAUUCCAAACCCAAUUCUUUAAACGUGCCAUGAAAGAAGCUCAGAAAAAGGAGGAACAGUAG